UUAUUUUCAGCAAUCAGUAUGGUGAGUUUUCACUGUUUUCUUCGAGUAAAGGACUCCUGUUUGGUAUUAAACCUUCUCAUAUUCUAAUGGUUUGAACCGAAGGGUUCAACAAUAAUAUUGUGUUGUAAGAAAACCUCGAAAGUAAGACUGAAGACAACCUGUUAACUUUUAAAGUUAGCAUUAGCAGGAAGAACCCUUCAUGUUGAUGCUCUUUUUCUUCAUUUUCUCACCAAUGUCUUCCCCUGUGUCUUGACUUCACGUUUAAAAAUCCUUCUUUAACUUUCUCUCUCUGUGUUCUCCUGUGAGUGAUAGCCACCCAAGAAAAAAAAAAAGAGUCGUAAACUGACCAAGGCUCAGAAGGCGAAGCGGCUGCAGGAGGAGGAGGAGAGGAGGCUGCGAGAGGAAGGUAAUCCAGAUACUUUCCAUCUAAACUCUGCAGUACAGGUGGUUAACUCUGCAGGACACUGAUACAAAGUAAUCUGUCUGAGAACCUGUUUUGAACUUCCGUAAGCACCCGUUUAAGGAAUAAAAGAGAUUCCUGCAGUUUUAGGAUAUGUGUUGACAUAUUGUGUACACUUUAUAUGUGCUUCUUCUGCAUUAUAGAGGAAGCACGGCUGCAAGCUGAGAAAGAAGAGCAGGAAAGAUUGGAGAGAGAGAGAAAGGAAAAGGAGCUAGAAAGGCUUGAGUUAAAGGACCUAGAGCGCAGAGAAGACGAGCUGAAGGAACUCCGUCAUCUACUGGAGAACAAUCAUACUGCAGUAAUCAAAUGGACAACCGAUGCUGAGGAGAAAGCCCAGUGGGAGAGAUACACGCAGUGUGGCGGGAUCCCGGACCCAGCAGUACAGAAGGAUGUUAACACAUAUAUCAGCUUAUGGAGAGAUGACCUAGAGGUCAACAUCGCACCCGUGCUCCAGCAAUGCAACCUCGCUCUACAGCUGAUCGAGGAGCUGGAGGGUCUGCUCAGAGAUGUUACUGAUCCACAAGAGGGCCAGAAGUACCAGGAGGGUCUCGUACAGUUGGUGGAGCUAAUCCACUCUAAACACCUCCUCACCACCGAGGAGAUCCUCAAGGGGGCCAGUGCGGACAUCGACAUGGAGACGGGCAACAUGCAGACUGUGGUCAAAGAUGACAACAUUACACUCUGUCUCUGGGCCAACCUCAAGAAUAAUCCAAGGUUUAAAGGUUUAAACUUUGAAGAGGCGGGCCUGGGCUUUAAGCUUCCCAAACAGCUGGCUGUGAGCGAUGUCGCUGUGCGGAUCCUCCACACGCGCUAUGACCACCUGUCCCUGCUGGCCAGGAUGGCUCACCUGACAAUACACACACCCAGCCACAGGUCUCUUGCAGGCGGGGAGGAGGAUCCAGCAGACAUAGAUGUACCCGAGCAGGGGGAGACAGAAGGUGAGGGGGAGGUGAAGGAAGACAGCGAGACCCAGCAGCAGAGCCUGGACGCGGAGGUGCAGUCCAUCCAAGGGUUUGAUGGGAGUGAGAGUGCAACCAGUAUACAGUCAAGGAGAAGCAGCCUGCAGUCUGAGGAAGGCCGAGGGAGCCAGAUACAGACACAGAUGGAGGCACUCGACUCUGAGGGGGUAUUGACUUCUCCCCGAGUGCAACCGACAAUGAUGGACAACGGUGAGCGUGUCCAGGUGGUGGACUUAAUGCAGUACACAACUCUGGGUGGGGUCUUCUACUAUGACGCGUUUCACCUCCCGCCACAAGCCCGCCAGGUCAAUGGCUGGGAAAUUAGACAGCUGUUGCACAAUGGGCUACAGGUGUUCACCUACCCCAUUGAGAAGUCUAACUUGGAGGAAAAUGAAGCUCUCACCUGCCCUCCUGUCGGUGUGUCUGUGACGCUGCCCGACUCGGUCGUCUUCUUGGAAACUCCCCAAGUGGCUCGCUGGGAUGCUGCAGGGAAGCAGUGGAGGAUGGACGGUAUCACAGACGUGUCUUAUGAGGAGGCGGAGGCCACAAUCUCCCUCAAUAUGAACUCCUUCCACGCCUUUGUGCUGAUGCAGGAUACUUAUGCAAACUUUCCCUUCCAGAGCUGGGAGCUCAGGCCACUGGGCCAAGACUCUGCUCUUUUCACCAUCAACGGGGCCCUCAUCGACCUCAGCAUCACGAUCCAGGCUAAUCAGUGUAUGCUGCAGUCAGAGCGAGAGAGGGGUCUCUCUCACCUCAUAGGGAAGUGGAUGAGCGGCCCCGUCCUGCAGCGGGCCAUGCUCAACGCAGGGAUCAACAUCUUCGUGAACGAGUACACGGACAAAUACGCCAGCACCUGCGGCAAGGACCCACUCACAGAACAUGCUGCCUACGAACAGAUGGCCCUCUUCGCCUCUGCCUGUGCUUUCUCAUGGAGCAAGUGGAAUGCCAAAUGUGACGUGGCGCAUCUAGUCAUGCAGGUGUGUGAGCACCACAGCCCUGCCCCGGUGCCUAAAGGCUCGUGGAGUCUCUACCUGCUCGGUGCUCAGAGGAGUCUGAAGCUGGAAAUCACAGAGAAGAGUGAGGCUUUCUCUCCAGAGCAUUAUCCGGGAAGUGAGUUUCACUCCACCUUCAUCCACACGCUCCAGGACGACAUGAGCACCGAAGGCAUAGCCAGGACCAGAGUAUCCAAUUAUCUGUUUGUGGAUACAGUACAGAGCCUGCUGUGUGCCACCAGACCCCUGAUGUAUUCAUAACCUGUGUGAAACUCACUUGGGGUUAAAUCAACAAAUUAAAGAUACAUUAAACACCUGAAUUUGAAAUGUACAUUGUGAUGCACAUAAGAACACACAUCUUCUAUUGUAGAAUAGGCUACUUUAUUUGUGCAAAGUUCCACGCAUCUUCAUACAAAAGAGUAUUAAGUUGAACACGGUGACAACCACAGCAAGAGCUUAAAAGUGGAAAAUAAAAAGAACCUUUGGUGUUAAGACUAACAAUGUAGAAUUAUAACUUAACAAAAAUAAGAUAUUCACAAAUCCCCACGCAAAUCUAACAAACGCAUAAAUAUAGAUUUCAACAUGUUUAAAACACUUAGAAUGAAAGUUUAAUUACCAGUGUUCAUAGACUUAAGUUAUAAAAUAUUCUCUGCAAAAUGACAUUAAAAAGGCUGG